ACACACUCUAUUGGCAUGAUGGAACGAUCACUGACUUCUCUGUCGAUACCACCGUCCACGCUCGGAGCGCUUAUCAAGGCUGGGUACGAGACUACUGCUGACUUGGAUGAAUCGACGCCAGAGAAACUGGCCAAAGACCUGGCUAUACCUCUCAACGCCUCCCAAGCGAUAUUUACGCAACGCACUGCUUCUCGUGCUCCCGGCCUUACUCUCACACAACCUGCCUCUAAGACACGGGCCAGCGACGAACGGAUCCUGAUUGCCUGCGAACCAUUGGACAAACUUUUGGAUGGUGGUUUACCAAGAGGGUCUAUUCUCGAACUGUCCGGACCUCCUGGGACUCCCAAAGGCGCCAUAGCAAUGGGUAUGGUGAAGCAUUUUGUAUCCAGCCCUGAUACAGAACGAGAGGAGGUGGUUUUUCUUGACACGCAGAGUAUGACCACGCCUGUCGCCCUACGCAAGGCCAUCCCAGACGACUCUGCUCGUAGCCGUGUAUUCCACUGCGUUGUGCAGACUGUCACGGACUUUAUCGGCUUCGUCCAUUCUUUACACACUAUGAAGCGUGAAAAGCCUAAACUCGGCUUGAUUAUCCUUUCCUACAUGAGCUUUCCGCUCCAGGCAUCACUGUCACGCAAGUUAACGAACCAACAGAGGAACGCGAUAUUCGACAACCUAAAAAAAGCGCUGGCGACCUUGACAUCGAGUGGGGUGACAGUAUUGGUUACCUCACAGCUCGCCACGAAAGUCCUUGCUGCAGAUGGUUCUCCUGCCAAUUUCAACACGGGUGCGCGCGCAAUACUAGCCCCGCCACUGGGGACAACUUAUCUGCCCGUGUCAAACUCGUAUCGAGUUGUUAUGUGCCCACAAGGACUGCAAAAUGGCAUCUUCAGAGUGAUCACAGCGCCCUCCAAGAAGGACAACAACAGAGAGCAGCCCUAUCUCAUUCCGCCUCGCCGCGUGCUACCUAUCUUACCGCCUCAAGAAAAUCAACAAGAAGCAUAA